AGAGCCUCUCAGAGCGGCCUGCAGCCCACCCUGCGGCUUGGCUCCGGAGGAGGGCGGUCUUCUCUUAACAGGAGGGGGCCAGAGAGGGGAAGGAUUGCAGAAUAAGGCUUGGGGCCACGUGACCCUCCCCUGGAAUGUGGUGACGUCAGGGGGCGUGGUCGUCUCCAAAAUUGGGGAGGAAGGGAGGAAAAAAAAGCCUGAAAAAGUUUCUUUGCGGGAGUCCCAAACGGGGCGUGGGACGGAAAGGGAGGGAAGGGGCCCAAGGCUCUGAGCUCCAGGCUCCGAGUUUGUGGGGACCCUGACCUCUGUCUGGAGUGGAGUAACCCUAUUCCAGACCAUGUCGGGGCCCACCUGGCUUCCCCCGAAGCAGCCAGAACCCUCCAGAGUCCCUCAAGGGAGAUCGAUGCCCAGAGGCGCCCUGGGCCCACCAACGGCCCACGGACCAACACUCCAGCCUCACCCCAGGGUCAACUUUUGCCCCCUCCCACCUGAACACUGUUAUCAGCCUCCGGGGAUCCCGGAAGAUCGGGGGCCUACUUGGGUGGGAUCCCACGGAACACCCCAGCGCCUGCAGGGGCUCCCUCCAGACAGGGGAGUCAUCCGCCCUGGCAGUCUGGAUGCUGAGAUAGAUUCACUCACCAGCAUGUUGGCUGAUCUGGACGGGGGUCGCAGUCAUGCACCUAGGCGGCCAGACAGACAGGCUUUUGAGGCUCCCCCACCCCAUGCUUACCGCGGAGGCUCCCUGAAGCCCAGUGGAGGUGCUGUUCCAACCCCGAUGCUUCCAGCAUCCCCCUAUGGUGGACCUACCCCAGCCUCCUAUGCUACCGCGAGCACGCCAGCUGGCCCUGCUUUCCCUGUACAAGUGAAGGUGGCUCAGCCUGUGAGAGGCUGUGGACUGCCCAGGCGAGGGGCCUCUCAGGCCUCUGGGCCUCUUCCAGGCCCCCACUUUCCUCUGACAGGUCGUGGUGAAGUCUGGGGGGCUGGCUUUAGGAGCCACCGAGAGCCAGGACCGGGGGUUCCGGAGGGAGCUCCUGGAGUACAUAUCCCUGCAGGAGGAGGGAGAGGAGGUGGGCAUGAACCUCAGGGCCCCUUGGGCCAACCUCCUGAAGAGGAACUGGAGAGACUGACCGAGAAACUGGUGCAUGACAUGAGCCGCCCGCCCAGUGGGGAGUACUUUGGUCGGUGUGGUGGCUGUGGCGAAGAUGUGGUUGGCGAUGGAGCUGGGGUUGUGGCCCUGGACCGUGUCUUCCAUAUUGGUUGCUUUGUGUGUUCUACCUGUCGGGCCCAGCUCCGGGGCCAGCACUUCUAUGCUGUGGAGAGGCGGGCAUACUGUGAGAGCUGCUAUGUGGCCACCCUGGAGAAAUGUUCCACGUGCUCUGAACCCAUCCUGGACCGAAUCCUGAGGGCUAUGGGGAAGGCGUACCACCCUGGUUGCUUCACCUGUGUGGUAUGCCACCGUGGUCUUGAUGGCAUCCCGUUCACAGUGGACGCCACCAGCCAGAUCCACUGCAUCGAAGAUUUCCACAGGAAAUUUGCCCCACGAUGUUCAGUGUGUGGCGGGGCCAUCAUGCCGGAACCAGGUCAGGAGGAGACGGUGAGAAUUGUUGCUCUGGAUCGAAGUUUCCACAUCGGCUGUUACAAGUGUGAGGAGUGUGGGCUGCUGCUGUCCUCUGAGGGAGAGUGUCAAGGCUGCUACCCACUGGAUGGGCACAUCUUGUGCAAGGCUUGCAGCGCCUGGCGCAUCCAAGAGCUCUCAGCCACUGUCACCACUGACUGUUGACUGCUCUGAGAAGUACCUGCUGGGAUCUCGGCUCCCGUUCGUCCGUCCGUCCACCGUCCAUCACCUCCCCCAACAUCUACCCUUAGUGUUUGCCAUCAAAUGCUGUCUUUUCUUCCUCUCUUCAUGAAAUAAUAAUCCCUGGAGCAUUUAAAAGCA